AUGAAGACCGACAACUACUUGUCUCUGUGCCUCGAGCAGGCCGCGAAGUCGCCUCUGCACUAUCGCCAUGGCGCCAUCGUUGUGCGUGGUGGCAAGGUUAUUGGACAUGGUCACAACGACUAUCGUCCAGGCUUCAACGGUGGCGCAUUGAAGAGCGGGCGUAUUGCUCACGGUGGCUAUGAUGGAGCUGCCAUUGCUGAGCUGAAGAAGAAGCUGAAGGGCAAGCAGAAAUGCGACAAGCCCGAGAAACAGCAGCAGAACCAAAUCGAUAGAAGCAGCACUUUUGUCCCAUUUGAGAGCACCAACUCAGGCGGUGGUCAUUCGGUCAAUCAGCCACUUUCGAUGCACUCGGAGAUGAUGGCAAUUUACUCUGCCCUCAAUGCCUCUUCGGCGAUGUCCUCUACGACCUUCUCCCGCGAAAAACCGUGCUUCAAACUACCAUGUGCGGAUAAACGUAAAGCUCGACUACGACGUAAUGUGCUCGAGGCCUAUGUCAAGGCCAGUGCGGUUUUGAAACUUCCGCAUCUCAACCAGGUGCACUUGGAGAACAAAUGCAACAACAGCACGCCCAAGGAGGGCGACAAGGGCGACCUGUCCGCCCAGAGCUUAGCCAAUUUGAGUGUGGCGUUUCACGAGGAUCUGGGUGUUCAGAAACAUCAUCAGAACCGGAAGAACGAGAAGAAGAAGAAUGGGAAGAAGAACCAGUACCAGUACGAGUAUCAGUACGGCGCGUAUGGACAGAAACAGCAGGACUUUGCCCAGCGACAGCCAUCUGCGUCUAAUCCGAGGAAAGAAUAUUCUGCAGGAACUCACGAGUGCGAUAUGGCACAAGGGAGUGAACCUAAGAUUAACAAUGGUGGUGUGAAACAGAUUAAAGCUACAGCGUCCGACUUCAGAGAGGCUCCUCGUCACACGAAUCCGAAAAAGGACUACAAGCGGUCUGGUAAAAUGCGGCUUAGCAGCACCGCUGCGAAUGAGAGAAAGCCAAUGCAGCCUGUUCUGGUACCCACUGGUCAUACUCACAACAGCAACAUCAAGGUUAAUGAUCGGAAGCAAGACCCCAGGCUGCGAGGCGCUGAUCUCUAUGUUGUCAGGAUUGGCUGGUCUAGUACAGCACGUAAGAAGCCUACCAAGCCCAAGGCUUCUUCAGAACUUGGAGUUGUCGAUGCCGAUGCUACUGUAGUAGAGGAUGCAACGUACUCGAGCACUUCUCGGCUUCCAGGCCCUUCGACCACAAGCAGUAGCUCUGGCACUGGCUCUCUUCACGACGAACUGAUCAAUCGCGAGCCGUCUUCUUCCGCGUCUCGUCCGCCAGUAAGCGAUUCCAUAGACGACUGCUCUUUCGAUAAGGAUAAGAUCCACGCCUCUCGUCCAUGCUAUCGUUGCGUCGCAUUCAUGAAUCAGGUUGGCAUACGUCGUGUCUUUUGGACAAAUGACGCUGGUGAAUGGGAAGGCGGUAAAGUCGCAGCUCUCAUCGAGGCUAUGGAUACUGGCAUGGAAGACGCUGCGAAAGGCGGGCCAACUGGUAAUGGGAUCUUUGUGACGAAGCAUGAGGUUCUUAUGCUGAGAAGGAUGAUGGGUGCUAAGGCAGGUAUGUGA